AUGGUUCUUCUCAAUAAUGAUUUUAACGUUGCGAAAGAGAAGAUAUGGCAGGGCCACAAGCUCCUCACAAAGCCCACGCUCGAUGGCAACGGCAAAAUGAUGGAGAACGAAGAGAACUCAAAGACGUUGGAUUGGCUUUUCAUUAACAAGUAUUACAAUGACAAAAAGGUUGAGAAAUGGCUCGAUAACCGAGGCAUGUGCAAAGCCAUAUACCAGUUCGAUACCCUCAUGGCCUUGGUACAAUAUCACAACGAUCCCUAUAUCCAAGAGGUAAUGCGAGCUCAAGUCAGACGAGUAGGGGAGGCGUUUGACUAUGUUGAAGACGAUAUAAUACCGACUCAGCAGAGCGGGUACACGAAGAGAAAUAUAAAGAAAGAAUGGAUUGACUGGAUGAAGGAGACGCACAAAAAUCGUUUGGAGAGUUUAAACGAAGCGCUGGAGUACGCCGUGAAAAUAUUUGAAAAGAAAUCCACUGUCAUCACAAAAAUUAAACGGUGGGACUUUUCGGGUUUAUUUAGGAGGGAGGUAAAGGACCCGAACUGUGGUUUUGAGCCGGAUGACGCUGUCAUGGAAAAACGUGUCAAGCUUCUACUGGAAGCAUACAAGAAGUUGCCCAAAGUAGACACGGAGCUAAAACUAGACUAG